AUGAACGGGCAGGACGUUCCAGUUCAAGUGCACUGUUCGGAUGGAAAUCUUAUCUCAUACUGGCAUAAUACAACGGACGGAUUGAUAGAGACCACUAAUUAUGUGACCAAUCUAUUCAAUAUUGAUGUAUCAGAAGUCCGUGUAUUUAAAGAUGCAAUCAGUAUGAUUGAACGAAUGAGCAGAAGACAAAAGAAACCAUUGGAAAGUGUCACUGCAUUGAGGAUUAUAGCAUCGGAAGAUGAAAUGAUAUACCUCUUGAAGGAUUGUCAGUGUUCAUCUCAAAUAAGCAUUCGCUCAGGUGCUCCACCCAAUUUCCGUUUCUCGGGAAACUUCCGAAGAAUAGAUUGUUUAGAUAUCGAGCAUGGACUAUGGGUGACAAUCGAUAACCUAUUGACAAUGGAUGGGAUCGAUAUUGUUCUGGGAUUCUCUGAUCUAUCUGAUAGUGAUUUAAAUCUUUUUCUGAAGCAUUGGCUGUCUGGAGGGUGUCCUCGAUUAAAAUAUUUUUACGCUGCCAUUCAUUCUGUAAACAUUUUGCAAGUAUUUGCUGGUUUACUGCAUAAUGCCGUUUAUGUGGAAAACAGUCGUAACUACACCAGCCCAUUUGGAUACACAUCGAUAUUGUCAGAUGGAUAUGACAUCCAACGUUCAGAUGGUGUGACGGCUACAGUACACUAUCAACCACCUUUAACUUUCGUCAUUGCAGUUUGGCCAGAAGUCAGUGAUAAUAAUAAUUAA